AUGCCAGCUCAUCCCGAUUCCGACCUCCACCCUGAGGCCACCGGUGCUGCCAAGGCAUUGGUCGAACAGCACAGUGCCGAGCAGCCUCUGAAGUUGUAUGCGGGGUGGUUCUGCCCAUUCGUUCAGCGAGUUUGGCUCGCCCUAGAAGAAAAACAAAUUCCCUACGAAUACAUCGAAGUCAAUCCAUACAACAAGCCAGAGUCACUCCUGUCUCUCAAUCCGCGAGGUCUAGUCCCGACACUCUCAUGUCCAUCAGACCCGGAACCUAAACCACUCUACGAGUCCACUGUGAUCCUGGAGUAUUUGGAAGAAGCAUACCCAAAUCACAACCCCAGCUUCCUACCAAAAGAGCCAUACGAUCGUGCCCAUGCCCGCAUCUGGAUCGACUAUGUAACCUCUCGAAUUAUUCCCUCGUACCACCGGUUCCUGCAAUAUCAGCCCGCCGAGGGACUCAGACUCACCGAGAACGAUGCGGGGCUAGAGCAGGCCCGGCAGGACUUCCUAACCCACCUGAAAGCCUGGACAAGAGAGAUGCAUCCAGAGGGGCCUUUUUUCCUUGGUUCGGGCCUUGCUCUGCCGGAUCUUGUGCUGGCACCGUGGGCUGUGCGAUUGUGGUUGUUUGAUGAGUUCAAGCAUGGAGUGGGGAUACCCGCCGAGGGGCGUGGUGGCGCUGAUGAAGAUGUCUGGAAGAGAUUUAGGAAAUGGCUUGGUGCGAUUGAGAGCAGGAAGAGUGUGAGAGAAACAACCAGCGAGAAGGAACACUACCUGCCCAUUUAUAAGCGGUAUGCGGAUAAUGUUGCUCAGAGUGAGAUGGCGAAGGCGACUCGAUCCGGACGCGGCGUUCCGUAG